AUGACAAAUACGUCUAGUGUAAUGGAUCAAACAACAUUGAUCAAAGUAAUUGAACAAUAUUUAACAUUUAGUGAUAAUACAUCUGUGAUAGAAUUUAUUCGGUGGAUAAAACGUCGAUUAAAAUUGGCCGAUAUAUCAUCCGUGAAAGAACCUGGUCUCUCUUCAAUGAGCAAGGUGUCUAAUCAUAGCGGUGUAAUUAAUACUUCUCAACUUUUCAUAUGUCGUUGUGGACAUCGUUAUUCCCUUCGUUUUUCAAUGACAGAUUUUUUAAAUGAUAAUAAUAAUAAUAAUAAUCCAUUAUCGUCACCGUAUUAUAACAGUAGUGAACAAGAUUGUAAUGAUAUUGAUAACAAUAUAGUAAGCGAUGAUGAUGAUGGUAAUUUGGGAGGGAUAAAUGAACAAAAUAUAACAAAUGAACCAUGUAGUCCAAAUAAUGGUGGAAGAGCGAGUCGUCGAAAAUUAAGUAAACCUGUGAGAAAAGAUUUAGCAACAAUACAACAGUCACAACAACAGGUAGAUACAACAAAUAAAGAUUUAACAUCCAAUUCUCCACCAAAUCGAUCAGCAACAAGUGUAGGAAGUAGAGAAUCAGAUUCGGCGAAUGAACUUUCACCAAAUGAAAUUAAACGUAAAUAUCAAAAACAAAGUGAGGAUAAAUUACAGAAGAAUACAUCAAAAAUUGCUCGAGAUGUUCCAAUUAUACAUUCCAAACAAAGACAAAAUUCCGUAGAAUCAAAAAUAAAUAGACCACCCCUAGUAUAUCAUAAACCAAAUCAUCAUUCCGUUUCAUCUUUUCGUCAUCGAUGCUUACGUUGUGGCGUAUUGUUUCGUCGACGAAGUUCAUUAGCUCGUCAUCGACUUCGUCCUUGUAGUAAUCACCAAUUGCUAUCAUCAAAUGUACAAAUUCAAAAACAAAUCUAUUCAAAUAAUUCACAUUCAGUAUUUCAUCAUCGUAAACAUCGUUCUCAGCAAUUAUCAAGUUUUUUUAUUUGCUCAUAUUGUUCCAUUCGCUUAUAUUCACGUGAACAAUUUUUAAAUCAUGAAUCAAUGCAUCAAAAAGGCUAUUAUUAUUGUAAAAAGUGUUUUGAAUUUUUCAUUCCAACUUAUGAUAAUGGUCAAUUAAAAUCACAUGGUUGUUCUGAAAGUAGAAAAUUAGCUGAACGAACAUUGUUAAAUGCAUUUGCCAUUAAUGAACAAACAACAAAUAGUGUAAUUGAAAAAAAUAAAACAUUAAUUGAUCGAGAACAAGUAAACGAUUUUCUUGAUAAUGAUGUUGCGUCGGUUGAAGAUGGAACAACAUUGACCAUACAAGAAGAACAAAAGGAUAUCAUAGUUUCAACACAACAAAAUUCUAUUCAUCAAAAACAACAUGACUACAAUGAAACUGAUGAACAUUUAGAAGAAUUGAAAGGUCUCGAACAAUUGAUUCCACCUGAUACAGAUUCAGGUGAACUGAUGAUAAAUAAUGAUGAUGAUAUUGAUGAAGCCUUUGAUAUGAACGACGAAGAUGAACAAAUAACAGCGAAAAAUAAUGUUGGACAAGUUCGAAACAAUAGCAUGGGAACUAUGGGCGAAGGUGAAAGAAAUCAAUUGAAUAAUCUUUAUCAAAAUGAUGAAAUAAAUGGAAAAAGUCCAUCAGUUGAUGAUUUUAACGAUCAAUCAGCGGCUGCUAGAAUCACACGUUUUGGCCUACCAAAACUCACUGAUUCAGUUGUUGAAGUUUUAAGAGCAGAUGGAAAACGACAAUAUCGCUGUCCAUUAUGUUUAAAUUCGUAUGCGAAUAGAAGUGGAUUAAAUCGUCAUUAUAUCACACAUUCGUCACAAGAGUUAUGGAAAGUUGAAUGCAAAUAUUGUGGAAAACGUUAUUCACGUAAAGAUAGCCUCAAACAUCACAUGAAAACUCAACAUGGGCAACAUACAUUAGCAGAUGUAAUUGAGACAUCCUCCGCAUCAAUGUCAUCAUUUUAUGCUAAGAAUAAUAAUCAACAUCAAAAUAAUAAUCAUUAUUAUCAACAAUUUCCACAUUUAUCUAAUGAUGACAGAUUAAUUUCAAAUCAACGAAUCGAUCAUCCAAGACAGGCACAAUUUCAGUCUUAUUCCCAACAACAACAUUCAAAUCCAACUCGUUCCAAAUCGCUGUCUCAACCACAAAUUUCUAUAAGACAAGCAACACCUACAUCGUUGACUCAUGAAACACAACCACAACCAUCAGCAAUUAAUAGUACCGAUAAUAUGUGGGAAGAAGACGAAGAUGAUGAAGAAAAUUCCAAUAUGUCUUCUAGUGUUAGUUCUGAAAAGAAACAAUAUGAUGAAAAUGCGUCAUUGUUACCCUAA